AUGCCUUUUGCAGCUGACGAGCGAACCACCUUUGUCAGGAAGGGAGAGGAUUUCAGACUAGAUUGUCUGAGUGCUUGGGAUCAUGGAUUUCUUCCUGCUGUUGACUGGUUUGUCAGUGGAAGUCAAGUGGGUACGGAUCCAGAAAAUGGAAUGUAUACAUCAGGUUCAUCGUUGUAUGUUGCACAUGCAGCUAUAGCUAAUGCAUUCCAAGAUAUCAGGUGUAAAGUGGUAUCUGAAAAGGCGUAUAAAAAUCACGGAAGUGUUGACGCUGCAUUUGAUAGUGGAUCUGUCACUGAGUUUCACAAAUCACUUUCAGUGGUGGAUGUGUCAGCCUGCAAAGUGGUACCAUGCCAGCUACCUAUAGAAGCGAGAGUGUAUGGAGGUACACCAGUAAAUAUAUCAUGGAAGCUGGAUGGCAAACUGCUCAAUUCAUCAACAACUUUGAAUGACAGUGUAUCAAUCUCUACAACAGAUGUUCUAAACAGUACAAUUUCUGUAUUGUUGAUUGUAACUGGAGGACAAAAUGUGUGGUCACAGAAUGUAUCAUUAGACUCCAGUGAGCAUGCCGAACACCAACGUACAGAGACUGAGGGAUUUGCUGGGUGGAAAAUUGCAAUAAUUGUGGCCACUUUGAUUGCUGUUAUUUUAGUUCUAGUAGGGAUAAUUCGCUGUUGCUACCGUAUUAGACAAAGAAAUACAGGUACAGCUCAGACAAGAGAGGAAGGUGUGCCUUUGAAAGACCUGUCAAAAGGUGAUGAAGGGGAGAAAGCCUGCAGCAGCUGCAUUGGUAGAUGUCUAAUAAUUGUUAGAAAUAGGUUUUUGCUAUACAAUACUAGUACAUGUGCCAUGAGAUUGUACUAAUGUAUAUAAUAUGGGAGGUGUGUAUAACUGUCCUUUCCUAUCUUUAUCUGUUCUGUCAAAUCUGAAAUUUCAUUCUAGACAAAAUUGAUCCAGAAAAAUAUAGAUGCUAAUUCAUGAUAAGAAAGGUACCUUGAAGGAUUCAUUAUGCUAAAGGUUGUAGAUGUUCAUCAAAUUUGGUAUGUACCGUCCUUGUAUGGAACAUUUCUUAGAUGUUUCUAUACCAUUUGCCUCAGUACUGCACAUGGACCACCAUCCAUAUAUGGAAUAUUGAAAGCCUUUUGAACAUUUUUUUUAUCAUGAAGUGCUUCUGAUGAUAUCUACACCUCAAAUAAACUAUAGUUUUCUUGUUUGGACCUUGUUCAAAUUAGAUCAAAGGUUUUUCUCCACUACAGAAAGGUGUUGUCAGUGCAAAAGACAGAAAUUGUCAGUGCAAAAGAAAGAAAUUGUCAGUGCAAAGGACAGAAAAUGCUUUAAAUAGUUUGUUCUCAUCAAACAUGAUAUUGUCUUAGCUUUUUCUGUAGCUUCAUUUGUUGUUCAUUCUGAUGGUUCAUUUAUAGUAAGUGGUUGCCAGGUCUCCAUUAGCAGAGCUCUUCUCUUGAAUCCUUUACUAAAUCUUUUUUAGUUGAGGGAUUUUGGACCAACUUUGCCUUGGUAUAUAUUACACUGUAAAGCUGCUUAUUGACCUUGAGAACUUUGGGAAGGAAAAGGUGAAAUAUAUGUAUAGCAGUGUGUGUUUCUUCAUUGUUCACUGUACUGGUUACUCUGCUAUCUGUGACAUCAGUGUGUGUAAGCAUAAAUUUUUAUAUAUAUAAAUAAGAUACAUUUUGAUUGUAUUGAUGACUUUGUGUUUAGUUUAUGAUUUAGUAGACUCAGGAUAUUUGUGCAGACCUUAAGAUAUUAACAUUCAGAUAAAAUGAAUUUACAUUUCAUAAAUUACUGGACUACGUUUUAUGUUUGUAUGGGUUUGCUGGAGAACUGGUGUAUACAAAUCAUUGCAACAGUGUACUACUGGUUAAGACGUAAAAAAGUACUUUCCACAAUUACACUAACCCAUUAUUAUAAGACAACAAGGCAACAGAUGAUAGAAUUAGUGAAAGGGAUGUUCAGAUAUUUUGUAGAAGAGUUUUUUUCACACUGAACGUGAAUCACAAUUCAGAUAUAUUUUGUUAUAAUAAUUAUUUUCUGUAUUAGAUCAAGAACUUCAAAGUAUUAUAAGCCAAUCAAACUCCUUUCUAUUGUUUACUAAAUGUAUCUGUUACUGUUAUUAUAGAAUUGUGCAAAAAAUCAAACUGUUAAUGAACAAAUUUAGUUAUUUCUGAACAUAUUUAGUUUAAUUUUUAUUUUUUUACAUUUUAUAUGCAAGUAUAAACUGUCCUCAUUGUUGUUAAUUAAGUGAUGUGUGUUGUGUCUGUACUUACAUGGUUAUAUUCUGUUACCUGUGUUUUAUUUAAUUACAUUUUAUCUGGCUGUGAGUUUUAAACAGUUAAACACUUAAUAUUAUUACAUUACUCCUUACAUUCAACACAUGUUUACUGGGCUAAUUUGUCAAAAUUCAAAAUAAAACAAUUAAUUUCUGAUGUCAUCUUAACAUAGAACACGUAUUGAAUGGCUUGCCAGUCAAUAUUCAGAACUAUUUGAACCUUGGACAAUAAUUUUGACUAUUGACAUGGUAUGAAACUAUAGUAUGUGUUACUUAAAACUUUUGUUGCAGCAAAACCCCGAAGAUUGUCUAUGCAAGUUAUCUCAAUGAGAGGUGAUGUAUUUUAUACAGCCCUGUUAAUAAAAAACUUGUGUAAAACUUGUGAAAUAUGUGUCUUUUAUUCACAGUAGCAUCUUAAUUUUACAUCCCCUUUUCAACCUGAAUUAAGUAUAGAAAAAGAAAAGUUUAUCAUGUUUUAAAGGUACAAAGAUUUCAUCCUGUGAUAUAUUCACUUUUUGCAGACUAUGUUCAUUUUCUGUGUUUGAAAGUAACUAUUAGCAUGGUGUGUUAUGUGAAUGAAUUAUCAUUUAAAUGUUUCCAUUUUAUAUUGUUGCAUUUGUUCUGACAGCUGAUCUAUAUGAUCUGACAGAAUAUACAAAGGGUGUUCAGUCUAUACUGGGAAAAGUGCUCUUAUAUCAUCAAAAAAAUGAUGAAACUGUUAUACAAUGUAAAUAAGGGAAUUUUAAGUUGAUAUGUCAAAUCGUUUUAAUUUGUUUUGGACACAAUAAUUGUUUUGCUGCAAAAGGUUUAAGGGACAAUGCCGUGAAGAAAGCAACAUUAUAUCAGUUGUAUAGGAGGUUCAGAAAUAUAGUAUCCUGAUGAUUCAUGAUUCAGUCGUAAGAAGACAGUAGCAUUCAAUCAUGUUUUGAAAAUUAAAGAGCUCCUUGGUAUGGAUCAGAUAAUUACAGAACGUUUUGGAUGUAUUCGUAAGAAGUGUAAAAAUGCAAUUGAUGUUGAGAAACAUUGAACCUCUGUUAAGUCACAAGUUGUAUUGAUUAAUUAUGUCUCCCCCAGGAGACAUAUUGUUUUUGCCCUGUCCGUCCGUCCGUCCUUCCAUCCGUCCGUCCGUACGUCACACUUCAUUUCCGAGCAAUAACUGGAGAACCAUUUGACCUAGAAUGUUCAAACUUCAUAGGGUUGUAGGGCUGCUGGAGUAGACGACCCCUAUUGAUUUUGGGGUCACUCCAUCAAAGGUCAAGGUCACAGGGGCCCGAACAUGGAAAACCAUUUCCAGUCAAUAACUAGAGAACCACUUGACCCAGAAUGUUGAAACUUCAUAGGAUGAUUGUACAUGCAAAGUAGAUGACCCCUAUCGAUUUUGGGGUCACUCCAUUAAAGGUCAAGGUCACAGGAGCCCGAACAUUGAAAACCAUUUCCGGUCAGUAACUUGAGAACCACUUGACCCAGAAUGUUGAAACUUCAUAGGAUGAUUGGUCAUGAAGAGUAGAUGACCCCUAUUGAUUUUGGGGUCACUCUAUCAAAGGUCAAGGUCACAGGGGCCUGAACAUUGAAAACCAUUUCCGAUCAAUAACUAGAGAACCACUUGACCCAGAAUGUUGAAACUUCAUAGGAUGAUUGAUCAUGAAGAGUAGAUGACCCCUAUUGAUUUUGGGGUCACUCCGUCAAAGGUCAAGGUCACAGGGGCCUGAACAUUGAAAACCAUUUCCGAUCAAUAACUAGAGAACCACUUGACCCAGAAUGUUGAAACUUCAUAGGAUGAUUGGUCAUAAAGAGUAGAUGACCCCUAUUGAUUUUGGGGUCACUACAUCAAAGGUCAAGGUCACAGGGGCCUGAACAUGGAAAACCAUUUCCGAUCAAUAACUAGAGAACCACUUGACCCAGAAUGUUGAAACUUCAUAGGAUGAUUGGACAUGCAAAGUAAAUGAUCCCUAUCGAUUUUGGGGUCACUCCAUUAAAGGUCAAGGUCACAGGGGCCUGAACAUUGAAAACCAUUUCCGGUCAGUAACUUGAGAACCACUUGACCCAGAAUGUUGAAACUUAAUAGGAUGAUUGGUCAUGCAGAGUAGAUGACCCCUAUCGAUUUUGGGGUCACUCUGUGAAAGGUCAAGGUCACAGGGGCCUGAACAUUGAAAACCAUUUCCGGUCAGUAACUUGAGAACCACUUGACCCAGAAUGAUGAAACUUCAUAGGAUGAUUGGUCAUGCAGAGUAGAUGACCCCUAACGAUUUUAGGGUCACUCUGUUAAAGGUCAAGGCCACAGGGGCCUGAACAUGGAAAACCAUUUCCGAUCAAUAACUUGAGAACCUCUCGACCCAGAAUGUUGAAACUUCAUAGGAUGAUUGUUCAUGCAGAGUAAAUGACCCCUAUUGUUUUUGGGGUCACUCCAUUAAAGGUAAGGGUCACAGGGGCCUGAACAUUGAUAACCAGUUCCGAUCAAUAACUUGAGAACCACUUGACCAAGAACGUUGAAACUUCAUAGGAUGAUUGAACAUGCAGAGUAGAUGACCCCUAUUGAUUUUGGGGUCACUCUGUGAAAGGUCAAGGUCACAGUGGCCUGUUCAUGUAAAAUCAUUUUUUGGAAAUAACUUGAGAACCACUUGACCUACAAUGUUGAAACUUAAUAGGAUGAUUAGACAUGCAGAGCAGAUGACCCCAAUUUAUUUUGAGGUCACUUGAUCAAAGGUCAAGGUCACAUAAGCCUGAACAGUGACUUGAGAACCACUAGGCCAAGAGUGUUGAAAUUUAGCGGGAUGAUUGGACAUGCCAAGUAGAUGAUCCCUAUUGCAGCCAACCAUCAGUGUCUCUUUGACUUUCGCUUCUGACCCCUAUUGACUUCUUACCUAUAGGACUUUGCAUUGGGGGAGACAUGCGCUUUUUUACAAAAGCAUUUUCUAGUUUCGUUUCAUAUGACAGGGUCAUAAUAAUGUUGGGCUUUAAUGUAGUGCAUUGCCUUAGAAAUGAUAGAUAAGUAAAUGUACAUGUUCUGAUAUCUGUAAUUUUUUAAGUAUUUGCAUUUAGUAUGUUCUUUAAUAUUUAUGAUGUUUGUAAAAUUUGACCAGAAAUAUAUAUACAGGUAUUAGAGCACUUUUCCAUGUAAUCUCUGAACAUCCUCUUAUACUAUACUUGUACGUGUGACAUUUUUCACCAGUCAUGUAGUAUUUGAUUCACCUUGUCUGUUACAAGGUUUCCUUCUUGUUUAUUUUUUAGAUACUUGAUGAAACUACUUGGAAUUUGGUGGUGUGAUACCUAAAGUCGUGUUUUUGUAAACAAAAGAAAAUUUUAUAGAAAAUUGAUUUUUAAACGAUUUUAAACUCUAUUUUACAACUUUUUGAUAUUGGAGAACACAAUAUGGACGUGCUGAGAUCAAUUAUAUUCAUCAUAGUUAUUGGAAGAAAAACUGGUAACUUUAUAUUUACUGAAAAACCUGAGAAUGAGCUGUACCCCACCCACUUUUUUGUAACAGCGAGUGAUCUGACCAUUUCAUAUGGACAAAAUACGUUUUACCAGAACUUUGUCAAUUCAUUUACUGAUGUUUCUAAAAGAACUUCACACAUUUGCAUUACUAAAAGUCAGAAAACUACCCCAAUGUGGCUUCUACUGUGUGGUGACGUUCAUCCAUGCCCCGUUCCCGUCCAUAGAGAAAAUAGUGAAAAAUCUGGCAUUAACUUUAAUCGAAAGCGUGGUUUGCAUUUCAUUCAUCUAGAUACACGUAGUUUGAUACCAAAAUUGGAGGAAAUUCGUAUUCUAGCCAGAAAAUACAAUCCUGCAUCUAUAUUCAUAUCUGAAACUUGGCUUGAUACAUCUGUGCCAGACUCUGAAAUUCAUAUUUCUAAUUAUAAUGUUCAAAGAAGAGACAGGCCGGACGGUCGAGGAGGUGGCAUUUGUGCUUACAUAAGGAAUGACCUGGCGUUUAACCCCCGUCAUGAUUUAACCAUCCCGGAUCUGGAGGCUACCUGGGUGGAUAUUCUUCUGUCCAAAUCCAAACCCAUACUUUGUGGAGUCAUCUACAGACCACCAAAACAGCUUAACUUUUAUAACAUCCUGGAAACACUGUGCCAUUCUUGUGAUGAUUUUAUUACACGUGAAACCUUAAUUUUCGGAGAUUUUAACACAAAUGUUAGUGGUAUUAAAUGUUCACUUCUUAACAACUUAUCAUCUUUUUGUGAGCUUUUCAAUUUUAAGCAGUUAAUAAAGGAUCCUACCAGAAUCUCACAAUCAUCAUCUACAACAAUUGACCUCAUACUUGUUUCAGACAAAGAUAAAAUUUCAAAUAGUGGUGUUGUUGAUGUAUCUUUGAGUGACCAUUCUUUGAUAUUUUGUACCAGGAAAAUUACUCGUUCUUCAAUUGGUAAACACAACAAUGUUAAAAUCAGAUCUCAGAAAAACUAUAAUAGAGAAGAUUUUCAACAGUCAUUACUUUCAUCUGACUGGUCAUCUGUUAUACUUAGUGAUAAUUUAGUGAAGCAUGGUGUAAUUUCAAAAACAUUUUUCUGUCUGUUUUGGACAUGCAUGCCCCUGUAAAGGAAGUUCGCAUUAAACAGCGAACAGAGCCAUGAAUCAGUAUUAGAGACAAAGCUUUUAAUUUGUACAAAAAGAAUAAAACAACUGAACAUUAUGAAUGUUUUAAACAACAUAGAAAUAGUACUCAAACUCUUAUUCAUAAUGCAAAGAAAAAUUAUUUCAAAGAGAGUGUAGAAAGCAAUAAAUCAGACUCUAAAUCUCUCUGGAAAUGUUUAAAACAGCUUGGUUUGCCAUCUAAGAAAGGUGUUAGUUCUUCUAGCAACAUUGGUUUGAAAAUUGAUGGAGAAGUCAGCUUUGAUUUUUUAAAUGUUGCUGAAAAAUUCAAUAGUUUUUAUACAACCGUUGCAUCAAAAUUAGUUGAAAAACUGCCAAGUAGUUGUUUUAAAUAUGGUAAAUCAUUUGUAAAUAAA